GGGUGGUUGCAGCAGAGAGGAAGGUUUACAAAUGAUUCUUUCGAGAUGACAGAAAGAACGCAGGCCGAUAACAGUUUGCCAAGUGAGGUACUACGACGCACUGCUUUCGCAGAAAAGCAUCUGCCGGAAGGCGACGUGGAUGUAUUUGACAAUGAUUGUCAGGUGGUCGGACAGCUGUUUCAAAAUGGUGGCGUCCCGCAUCGGCGCACCGCCUUUUCUGAUGUAAAGACAGAUGCGCGCAGUGCAGCUGGGGAGUCCACUGCAUCCGGGUCGUCUGAUACAGCGUCUGAAAAAACAGCCAGUCGGAAUUCGACACGGGACGGGCUGACACGGUAUUCUGGUCAGAAAUAGUGCGAAUCGCUUUUAUUCCCACACGACUAGCUGAAGCUGCGAGUAAAACACGUUUUUUUUCGCAGGGGAGUAAUGCUUUCAUAUUUAUCGUUGAUGGUCUUGCGUGUCUAAAUGUGUGCAAUGAGUAGAGGUAAUUUUCUCACCCUCCACCUUCAUUCAGGGGUCACAACGCGUUGGAGGAGAAGUUUUUCGUUAAGCAGGAAAUUGACUGGAAAAGACGGAAGUUGAGCUUUGAGUUGGAACGCGCGAGACGGGAUAGGCUUGAGGAGGAGCUUGGGCGUCGUGCAUUUGUGCAAGGACAGUUGGCGACACGACGUCACAGAAGGGCGGCGCGCAACGUGCAAGCGGAUUUGCGCAAUAUUCGCAUUGCCGAACAGCACUGGACUAGAAAGCGCGAACUUGAAGCACGCAGACAAGUAUUGCAAAACGAGCUUGCGGCUGACCAAGCUGCCAGAAAACGACGCGUCUUGUGUGGGGAUCAUGUGGAUGAAGAGGAUUUGUUUUUUUAUGGAGGCUUUUUCGACCCGGAACAGGCUCUUAUUGCUGGGGAGGAAGGGACAACUGCAAGAGAUGGUGUUGCUCACGACUUAAGUGAGAACGGGAGGCCGCAUGAUCAGGACGAGCAGAAGGACGAUGAUGAUAAUUCUGAUGCGUGUCCUGACCCGGCGAUAGUUGGGAUGUCCAGGGCGCGGGCUGCUGUUGAUGAUCGAAAAUCAAAUUCUAAGAUUGGACUAGGAGUUCUUGGAGGGGACCACCAAAAGGGAGCAGGAUUAGUGACAGCAAACAGUAUUAUGAAGGGAGCCCCUUCACCGAGAAGUGUAGCAAGUGACUCGAUCCAACAUCUCCUGGAGGGUCAUGAACUAGAUUUCAGCGAAGGCACCGCGGACUUCUUCUCUGUUGAAGAAGCCACUAAGCGCGACUUCCUGGAUGAAGGGAAUUGUCGACAAAGGGCUUUAACCGGUGGAGAAACCCUCGAUGAGUCUGCUGCUGCAGGUGGAGCUAGUGAGGACGCAGGCGUACUGACACAAGGGGCUAUUUUUGUAAAUAGAAGAGCGCAGACACCUCCAGCGCCGGGUCGUGGCACUAUUACGGGAGUGAGAGGAUCGAUCGUUCAUCUAUCCGGAGGAAGCCAUGCGACAGGGUCUUGUCAAGUAUCUCGCGGUGCACGGCCUCGACGGCGAUUGUCUUUAAUCGAUUGUGUGGUGCAAGGAGAACAGCAAGCGCCAGGCGUUAUCCGAGAGGUAGAAGAACGAAGGACGUCGUCUACUGUUCACCCGCAAAAUCAGAAUUUGCAUCAUGUAGUCGUAGGCGCUCAGAAUGCCUCUUCUAGUAAUAAAUCCGAGAAUGAUACUAGGAAUAAGAGCACCUCUCAUCUUCAUCCAGGGGGAACGAAUGUUGAAGAAAGUUCUAGAGCUCAAAGAUUUCCUGAUGGAAGUGCCAAAACCAUCACCUCAGAGAGGAUAAGGAGCAGUGCAGCACUAGACGAUCCAGGUCCCGCAGCGUUUACUUCGGCGCAAAAUGCCUUCACGGGUGCCAUGCGGCAGGCAGCAGUAGAAGAGCGGAAGGCUUUACUGCUAGAAAGGAAGGCCUAUGAGGAAUGGCGCCGCAAGGAACUUCGGGAAGCCCACGAGGAGGAGCGGCUUCGUCAACGGGACUUGCACGAUGAAUACCGAGACAGAGUGCGUUUUCAGGCUGCGCAGAACGCACGACGGGAGGAAGAACUCCGCGGAAAAAUUGCUGAGGGGCGCGACCGCGACCGGUAUGUACGCCAGCUGGUCCACGCUUAUGCAGGAGAAGACCCGCAGACGGCUCGUAGUGCAGUGCUGUAUGGACGCGCGACAGUAGCGGCUAACCCUGGUGCUAUGACUGGAGGAGCUUCUGGUGCUAGAGGACACCAGGCUCCUCAAGGCGGGAAUAAUGUAGCUAGGCUACUCAAGCAACAAGAACUUAUAUCACCAGCAAAAAGUGUAAGUGGUCUCGCUGGUGCUGGAGGUGGCCGUGACGAAUCAUCCUGGAAACCUAGCGCAGACAACCACGGUUUGCCAAAAUCGUCUACGUUUCUGCUACUGCUCAAGGAAAGUCCUAAGAAAUUAGGACAAGUAAAGAAAACGCGAACGCCCUCACAUCCACCUAGAGCAGGAAGUACACGGAGAACUGGCGAAACCUUGUUGCCAGGUGCAACAGAAGGUGGAAACAAGACCCCGCUUCACCAACACUCUUCAGGGGUUGCCACGAUUGCAGGAUAUGCAUUUGGCGUGGGCAACAGCGCAACGGCGGUUGGAACGGACGCGGGUGGCGGACGGCCUGCCAAGAAACCGACGGGGUUUGAAGCCCUUCCACGUAGUCCACAACAAGCUCGUGUGCUACGAAAAGAUUUAGAAAGAGUUUUGACAAAAUAGAGAGACAAUUCCUGGUUUGAGGUUUGCUUCACGAAAUUUCGCAGCAUUGAAACAAUAGAUAGAUUCUCUUCUAGAAUGAAAAUAAGAUGCAAAUGCACAGUCAAUAACCAAGAAGAUGGAUAGAGAACACGCUCUUGGUUAUCAUUAGCAAUAGACAAUCACGAUGACAAGCAAAAGUUUUGGGUGACAUUACUCUAAAGUAGAACCAGUUGUAGAUGUACUGCAAUAACGAGAGCAUUUAUUCCCGAUGUUUCCGUUUCGAAGGUCAAGGUUUUUGUUUUGAUUGGCUUUUCGAUAAAUACUUCGCAAUCUCGGUGUCUUAAAGUAAUAAACAUGCAGCUUUGCUGCGAUGACGCUGGCAGCUUUCAGCGCUAGUGCAUGCAUUGCAAAUAACUGAUGUCGUGGUCACGUUGCACAUGCUUUGUAGUAUAGCCACCUGCUAAGGGUAAGGGUGUAUUUCAAUUAUAGUGACAAGCAAGUCAGCUUGGAAGUGGCUUCAUAAACCAAUCCCAAUUUCACCAAGCAAGAUAUUCGCGUUUAUGUUGCAAUGAGUCCUUGCGUAAGUACUUCAAGACUAAUUUUUGUUACCGCCACUGUCUUCGUGGUCUCAAGAACUCCUAUUGUACACUGGCCAAUUUCAACACGUCGGCGAAGACACGAAUGGAACAUGCAUCAAUCCUUAGCGAGC